AUGCCACUUUUUGGCUGGAUGAAAUGGUCCAAAACUGACUCCUACAAACCCAACAGAUGUCCUGGAUCAGAACUGGUUACAAAAACCCUCCUGAGGGAGCUGAAAUGGCACCUGAAAGAGCGAGAAAGGUUAGUGCAGGAGAUUGAGAGUGAGCAGAAGGUGCAGAAGACUGGCAUGGAUUCCAACUGGCUCAAGAACUACCAAAACCCCCAAGCAACAAUUCCAGCUACUGAGCAACGGCAGCUCGAGGUUCUGUGCUCCCAAAUCCAGCCCUGCCAGACAGGAACCGUUCUCAGCAGAUUCCGUGAAGUUCUGGCCGAAAAUGAUGUUUUACCCUGGGAAAUAGUCUACAUAUUCAAGCAAGUCUUAAAAGAUUUCCUUAGCACCAUUGAGAGGGAAAACCAAGCAGAGCCACUGGUGGAUGUGUGGAAUACAAACUGCUCCGAACACUCGCGCGGAGACAGCUCCAACCGCUCGGACAAAGAUGAGAUCCCCACCGUGUCCAGCUACGUGGACAAGAAUACACAGAGCAUGUUUCCCACCUUCUCCCACAGGAUCUGGAAUCUGCCCUAUUACUACCCCUCGAGUUAA